AAUGAGUGUAGCACCCCUGCCAAGGAAGAAGGAAUAUACUUUUCUAAAGAGUUACCUUUCUGGGGGUCUUUCAGGUAUAUUUUAUAAGACUGCAACAGCUCCAAUAGAAAGAGUAGUCCUCUUACUCCAGAACCAAGAUUCAUCAAUGCAGAUCACAAAGGAAAACAGAUAUCGGAAUGUUAGAGAUUGUUUGAGAAGAGUAGUCAAAGAGCAAGGCUUUUUUUCACUUUGGAGAGGAUACUUUGUCACUAUCUUUCGGUAUUUUAAUUACCAAUCGUUCAUUUUUGCAAUGAAUAAUCAGUAUCAGAAGCUCAACAAGUUUGAUAAGGGGGAAGAUCCAGUAAAAUUUGCAACAGCAAAUAUCCUUGCAGGAUCUGCAGCAGGCAUGACCAGCUGUUUGGUCUUCUACCCACUCGAUUUUUCACGAACUAGACUAGCAGUUGACAUUGGGAGAAAUCAGCAAGAAAGGCAGUUCAAGAAUAUUUUUGAUGUUGGAUCUAAAAUCAUGAGAAGUGAUGGGAUUACUGGCUUUUAUAGAGGCCUAAGCAUCACACUUCUCCUCACAGUACUGUAUAGAGGUAGUUAUUUCGGGCUCUAUAAUACUGGAAAAGUUUAUUUAUUCAAGGAUCAGCCUAAACAAGAUUUUUUCUUUCUCUGGUGAUUUGGUACGUUCACCACAUGCUUUUCAAAUUUUAUCUUUUACCCUCUUGACACAGUGAGGAAGAGACUCCAAAUGCAAUCUGGAAGAGAGAAUAUCCAAUAUACCUCCCCAGCAGACUGCUUUAGGAAGAUCUACAUAAAAGAGGGGAUCAGAGGCUUCUUCAAAGGUGUAGUUCCAAAUGUUGUAAGAGGAUUCGGAGGAGCCUUACUGCUAGUACUUAACGAUAAAAUUAAAAAUGUACUUCAAUAG